AUGCCGCGGGUCAACUGGCAAGAUGGACCGAGUGAAAACCAUGCAUCCAAGCCUGUUUCGCCUCGCGAUCUCACCUCCUUUGCGCAACCUCCAAGAGAAGCCGUUUUUGCGCCGACGACAAAGAAAACUUGUCCGCCAGACCAACGACAUCACGUACGAAACAACACACCACCGAUGGAGGGGCAGGCGGAGCGCCUCCUCCAGGCGCGCGCGGCGCCACUCCUGCCCUCCUGGAGCGCCACGCCGCUGCCGUCGCUCUCGCUCUCCGCCGGCGCCCUGCUCGCGCUCGCCGACCUGGGGACCGUGGCGCGGCGCACCGCCCUCACCGGCGGCGCCUCGUGGCUCGACGCGCUCGUGCUCGCCCCCGGCCUGCACUACCAGCAAGCGGCCGACGCGGUGCAAGGCGGCGGCGGCGGCGGCGGCGGCAGCCUGCUCAUGAUGGAGACGACUGCCGACGACGGCGACACGGUGGCCGCGGUCCGCAACGCCGCCACCGUCGCCUACCUCGAGAGGCUGCCGCGGGGCGACGACGACGAUGACGAGGACACGCUGACGGUGGUGCAGGUUUCGCUGGCGAGGACGGGCGGCGCGCUGGCCAUGCUGCGCGGGACGAGACGCCGAGCGCAGCAGCGCCCGCCGCCGCCAGAGAUUGACUGGCUCAGCGACCUGCUGUACGCGCUCAGUCCGCUGCUCACGCUCGGCGCGCUGACGCUCAUGGUUCUCCUGGGCGACUGGUGGGGGCUGUCGUUUCUCCUGGCGCUCAUGCUCGCGCGGCUGCUCAACAUCAUCACCAUCCGGCACCGCAGCCGGUCACCGCCCCCGCCGCCGCCCGCGUCCCUCCUGCCGACGCCGACAAGCCACGUCGUCGUCAUCACAGGCAGCCCCCGGCGGCGCGUGAUCCUGCGCGGCCGCGCUGACGACCUGCAGGCCGUCACGGCGCGCGCGUGGCUGCGGCCCCGCGCGCCGGCCGACGGCUACCGCGAGGCCGCUGGCAAGCUGCUCGUGUACGGCGUGGCGGCGUGCGGCGGCAACAUGACGCAGGCGGGCGUCUUGGUGCUCGCCGCGCUGCUGCUUGUGAGCGCUGCGCUGCUGGGCUUGAGCAAUGCCUGCUUCAAGGGGUGGUGCGUGCAUGGCCGCGUGGCGAGGCCGGUGUCGAGGGGAAAGCAGGACGAGGAGGAGGACUUGGAACAAGGGGGCCCGCAGUUGACUCCGGUCGAGCAUGGGCGGGGGAGAUGA